AUGCAAAAUAUUUUUGCCCUCGGCUCCAACGGCUCCGGCCAACUAGGCCUCGGCCACACAGCAGACGUCAAUGAGCCGACAGAAUGUCUAUUCUGCGAGAACCCCGCGAAAGAAAACCAACCAGGCACAAAAGAUGAGACGAGCAGCACAAGGAAGAGGAAAGUAAAACGCAUUGCUUGUGGUGGGAAUCAUACGCUCAUUCUUUUCGAGGAUGGGUCUGUGUAUGCUGCUGGUGAAAUGUUUUUAGAUUGUGCGAUCGGUGAUGGUGGUGAUAAAUAUAAAUUCAAUCGCGUCGUUUUUCGACAUGGCAGAUCAGGACCUGUCAUUGAGCGGUUUAGGGAUAUAUGCGCUACGUGGUCUGCGAGUUUCUUUGUCGCUACUAUCCAUACCACUAAUACCAGUACCGGGGACGGAGGAGAGGGAGGAGAAGAAAAAGAGGUGGUGAUAGCCCUCGGCACAGGGGGCAAAGGAGAACUAGGUUUGGGAAUGGGUCGGACAUCAUCAUCUCCUACCACAAAUAAUGGUUAUAUCGAGAUAAAUUCCAGCAUGUUGCAAAACUUCCCGCCGCCGGGUACGAGUAUCAGAUGCAUCGGUAGCAGCGCGUAUCAUACCGUGGCUAUCUUGUCCGAUGGUGAAGUGUAUGGGUGGGGAGCGGGGAGGAAGGGGCAGUUGGGGAGGGAGAAUUCUGUACGGAAAGUUGUUUGGGAGCCCGUGAGGGUUGCUAUUGCGAUGGGAAAGGGGUUUGUUCCGGAUUCUGUUGCAUGUGGGAGGGAGUUUACGUUUAUUAGUGGGUUUGUUGUGGAUAACGAGGGAAAGGGGGAAGGGGAAUAUAUGUAUACGAUUCUCGGCGGUGGUGAUAAAUGGGGCAUAGUCUCUGGUGGUCCUUCGUUGCAGACAUUGAGGAAAAGUACGCCAGGAAGGGAAAGGUAUACUGCGUCGGCGAGUUGGCAUGGGAUCUAUUUACAUGAUAUCUUGGACAAUUCUGGUCUUGCCUGGGGUCGCAAUGACCGCGGUCAGCUGGGUCCGCUCUCUGGUUCUCUUUCCACGGACCAACAAGCACAACUAUCAGACAAACAACCGAUACGUUCCGAGGCCAUUUCUCAAUUUGUAGCCGGCAGCGAACACGCUGUUGCGCUCUCGUUUGAUAACAGGACGAUUUUGGCCUGUGGCUGGGGAGAGCAUGGCAAUUGUGGCCCUUACACAGACGAGCACGGAGAUGUAAAAGGAGGACGAGUGUGUCAUAUUCGACUUCCUGAUGAGGUCUUCCAGGACGAAAAGGCCAAGGUCGUUCGACUGGCUGCGGGGUGCGCGACUACUUGGAUCGUGACUUCGUGA